AUGGUGAUGGUCCUAUAUGAUGAUAUUGUCUUCCACAUAAAACAAAAUCAUUUAGAUUUACAAAUAAUUGGAAUUGAUAUUGAUGAUUAUGAUAGAAACAAACAUGAAAUAAAUCCAAUAGCUAAUAUGUCAGAGGCUUUUAACAAAAUCAAAGAUGAUAUUAAGAAUUUAUCUGAUCCUACUGGAAUCGAAUUCGAUAAAAUAUUUCUAUAUAUGGCUAAGAUGCAACACGUCGAUGUUACUUUAUAG